GGUGGGUUUGUCGGCAGAGCCCGGGAAUGCUGAGGGGCUGCUGGGGCAGGAUGGGGCCGUGCCGCUGUCGGGACCUCCAGGAAGAGGAGGGUCCCCGCUCCCGCCGUCACGCGGGGAGGGGACGCGGAUUUCGGGCUAAUCCCGACCCCGCAUCCGCUUCCCGCGGGCGGGCACCGAGCCCGAACCGCCCCAAAUCCCGGGAAAAGGGACCGGGGGACGAGGAGGCCGCGGCAAGGGGGUGCCCGGGGCUCGGGAGAUGCUCCCGGGGCUGAGGGGCCAUGGCCUCGCUGCUGUCCCUGCAGGAGGAGAACAGGAUCCUGCAGCAGGAGCUGUCCCGCGUCGAGGACCUGCUGGCGCAGAGCCGGGCCGAGCGCGAUGAGCUGGCCAUCAAGUACAACGCCCUCAGUGAGCGGCUGGAGCAGAGCCUGCGGCUGGAGCCAGAGGAAGCAGCCGAGAGCCGGAGCCUGGCCCAGCACAACAUCGAGCUCCGGAGGCUGCUGGAGGAGGAGCAGGCUGCCUACAAGAGGAAGCUCCAGGCCUACCAGGAGGGCCAGCAGCGCCAGGCCCAGCUGGUGCAGAAGCUCCAAGCCAAGGUAUUGCAGUACAAGAAGAAAUGUGGGGAAGUGGAGCAGCAGCUGCUGGAGAAGGCGACGGAGCUGGAGCAGGAGAGGCUGACAAUCCAGCUGGAUGCCAGCGGCUCCCAGCCCGAUGAGGAGAGCAGCAACGAGCUGGAGAACGCCCUGAUCCGGCUGGAGGAGGAGCAGCAGAGGAGCAGCAGCCUGGUGCAGGUGAACUCGAUGCUGCGGGAGCAGCUGGAGCAGGCCAACGUGGCCAACGCGGCGCUGAGCGAGGACAUCCGGAAGCUCACGGCGGACUGGGCACGGGCCCGGGACGAGCUGGAGCAGCGGGAGGCGGAGUGGAGGCGGGAGGAGGAGUCCUUCAACACCUACUUCAGCAACGAGCACAGCCGGCUCCUGACCCUCUGGCGGCAGCUGGUGACCUUCAGGCGCCACUUCGGGGAGAUGAAGGCCACCACCGAGAGGGACCUGUCGGAGCUGGGCCACGAGGUGUCGCGGACGGGCCGCGCCGCCCACGCCGCCUGCCUGCACCUGGCCGCCAACCUGCGGCUGGCCGAGAGCCAGGCGGGAGCGGCCCGCGAGCGGCAGGAGCUGCGCCUGGAGCAGCUGCAGGAGCAGCUGGCGGCGCGGGCACGGGACGCGGAGCUGGAGAAAGCCACCCUGGCAGCAAGGCUGGCAGAGCUGACGGCGGCCCUGGAGCGGCGCCGGAGCGAGGACGAGGAGAAGGAGCGGGCGGUGGAAGCGCUGACCCUGCAGCUGCGGGAGCUGGAGGCCGCGCGUGCCCGGGAGCCGACGCCGGAGCAGAUGCAGGCUCUGCGCUCCGAGCUGGAGCUGCUGCGCCGGACGCUGCACGAGGUCACCCAGGCGGUUCUGGCUGAUGACCCCGAGCCCCCCACACCUGCUGUGUCCCCCCCGUGUCCCCCCGUGUCCCCUCCGUGUCCCGCCGUGUCCCCUCUCCGCAGCCUCUCUGCCAGCGCCGCUGCCGCUGCCAUCCAUGCAGCCCUGAGCCGGCGCCAGCUCCAGCUGCAGGAGGCCCGGAGCCAGGUGGAGGCGGGCCGGGAGGCGGCCGGGAGCCUGCGGCGGGAGCUGGGAAUGCUGGAGCAGCGGCUGGAGCAGCUGGGAGCCGAGGCCGGGAGCUGCAGGCGGGCGCAGGAGGAGGCCCAGCGGGAGGGGCUUCAGCUGCGGGCCCAGGUCGAGGGGCUGCGCAGGGAGCUGUGCCGCGCGGAGGCGGCGCUGGCGGAGGAGCAGCAGCGGGCGGGGGCCCUGCAGCAGGAGCGGGAGCAGCUGCGGUGCCGCAGCGAGGGGCUGCAGGACUCCCGGGACCAGGCUGCCCGUGACGCCCAGGCUGCCCAUGAGCAGCUGGAGCACAGCCAGCAGCAGGUGCAGGAGCUGGAGGCGCAGCGGGCGCGGGCGCAGCGGGAGCUGCUGGAGGCGCGGGAGGAGCUGAGCCGGGCGCUGCUGGAGGCGGAGCUGGCCCGGGGCGAGCAGGAGGCGCUGGCAGAGGCCCUGGGCAAGGCGCAGGGCAGCUGCGGGGAGCUGGCGGAGGCCCGGCGGGCGGCGGAGGCGGAGGAGUCGCGGCUGCGGGACGCGCUGGCCAAGACCAGCGAGCUGGCGGCCGGGCUGGCCCGGGACAAGGCGGAGCUGGGCCGGCGGCUGGAGCGGCUGGAGCAGGAGCGGGAGCGGGGCCGGCUGCGCAGCCGGGAGCUGUGCCGGGAGCUGGCGCUGCUGCGGGCGCGGCUGGAGAGCGGCCCCCGCCCCGGCAGCGAGCGGCGGGACCUGGAGCGGCCGCGGGGGAACCCCCGGGACGACGGGCGGGGGUUGCGGGAGGAGCUGCGGGAGCUGCGUGGGCUCCACGAGCGGCUGCGCCACAGCCUGGGCCAGGCGGUGCAGGAGCAGAGCGCGGCGGGCGAGGCGCUGGCGCGGGCGCGGGCGGAGCAGGAGCGGCUCCGGGCGGAGCAGGAGCGGCUGGGCCGGACCCAGGCGGCGCUGGCCCAGGACGGGGCCGGGCUGGCCGUGCAGCUCGCGGCUGCCCAGCGCCAGGAGCGGCACCGCGACCGCGAGGCCGCCGGGCUCAGGUCGGAGAAGGAGGGGCUGGAGAGCGCCGUGUUCCAGCUGCAACAGGAGCUGGCCCAGCUCCAGGCCCGCAAUCAGCAGCUGGAGGCCCAAGGCCAGACACUGACCCAGGCCAAGGAGGCACUGGAGGCGGAGCUGGGCGUGGCGCGGCGGGAGCGGGCGCAGGAGCUGCGGGAGCGGCGCCAGGCGGUGGCGGUGGCCGAGGCGGCCGCGGUGACAGCGGCCCUGCAGAGCGCCCGCGACGCGCACCGGGAGCAGCUGGAGCACCUCCAGCGCGAGAAGGAGGAGCUGGAGGCCGAGCGGGGCCGGCUGGUGCAGGAGCACGAGGAGCUGGUGGCCGAGCUGGCGGCAGCGCGGCAGCAGCGCCAGAGCGAGAAGCAGCAGGCUCUGGCGCUGCAGGAGGAGGAGCGGGUGGCCCUGGCGGGGACACUGGCAGGGCUCCAGCAGAGCCUGGAUGAGGCCACAGCCGAGCUGGAGCAGCGGCGGCGAGAGGUCACGGGCCACCAGGAGAAGGAGCAGGCCUUGGCCGCGGAGCUGCGCUCGCUGCGGGCGCGGGCGGAGGAGGCGGCGCUGAGCCAUGAGCGGGAGGCGAGGACGCUCCGGGACCAAGCGGCAGCGGCGGCCAAGCAGCGGGACAGCGCCCUGCGGGAGGCGGAGGAGGCGCGGGCGCAGCUGCGGGCGGGGGCCGAGGCGCGGGCGGCGGCGCGGCAGGAGCUGCUGGAGGCGCAGCGAGAGGCCCGGGACAGCCGCGAGGGCCGCGACACCGAGCGGCGGCGGGCGCAGGAGGCGCGGCGGGCGCUGGGCGAUGCGGCCCGGGAGAAGGAGGCGCUGCAGCGCUCCAACGAGGAGCUGCGGGCGGCCCUGCGGCGCGCCGAGGGAGAGCGCAUCAGCCUGAAGCGCUCCGGGGAGGACAAGGAGCAGCGGCUGGCGCUGCUGGAGGCGGCGCGGGCGGCGGCCGAGCGGGAGGUGUCGGAGCUGCGGGCGGCGCUGCGGGGGCUGGAGCGCGCCCGCCUGGAGAGCCGGCGGGAGCUGCAGGAGCUGCGCCGCCAGGUGAAGGAGCUGGACAGCGAGAACAGCCGGCGGGGCCGGGAGCUGGGGGAGCUGCAGGCCCGGGUGGCCCUGGAGGAGCAGCGGGAGCAGCGGAGCCGCCGCGAGGCCUCCGGCCUCAGGCAGAAGGUGGCCGAGAGCGAGGCCGGCACCGAGGCUGCCAGGAAGGAGCUGCAGCAGCUGCAGCAGCGCCUGGCGGCGGCGGAGCAGGAGUUCCGGCGGCGGGAGCAGGAGCUGUCCCGCAGCCUGGAGGAGGCGCGGGGCAAUGAGAAGAAGCUGCUGGCGGACGCGCGGAACCUGCAGCUCAAGGUGGAGGCGGCGCGGGCCGAGGUGGCCGAGCUGGGGCUGCGGCUGAGCGCGGCGCAGGGCCGGGCCCAGGGGCUGGAGGCGGAGCUGGCCCGCGGCGAGGAGCAGCGCAGGGCCACCGAGUCCCGCCUGGGCGGCCUCCAGGCCACCCUGCGCCGCACCGUGGCCGUGGCCAGGGCCAAGGGCGGGGGCCCGGAGGGGCCGGGCAGCCCCGGCUCGCUCCCGGAUGCCGAGGCCGAUCCCGAGGCGCUGCGGACGGCGCUGCGGGAAUUCCUGCGGGAGCUGCAGGACGCGCAGCGGGAGCGGGAGGAGCUCCGGGGGCAGCUGGGCAGCCUGGGCCGGCGCCUGGCGGAGGCGGAGGCGGAGCGGGACAGCGCCGGCGCCCGCGCGCAGCGGCUCCAGAAACUGCUGGACGAGAGCGAGCAAGAGCGGCGGGAGCUGAGCGGGGCCCGCGCCUCGCUGCUGCUGCAGGACGAGAGCCUGCGGCGCUCGCAGCGGGAAUGCCGCGGGCUGCGGGAGCGCCUGAGCGCCCUGGAGAGCGGAAUGCGCGCCGCCGAGAGGGAGCGGCGGGCGGGACAGGAGAAGCUGGGCGAGCUGGAGGAGGCCCGGCAGAGGCUGGAGGUGUGCGAGGGCCGGAGCGCCCGGCUGGAGCUGCAGCGGCGGGCGCUGGAGGCGGAGCUGGGCCGGGCCCGGCGGGCGCUGGCCGAGCGGGACGCGGAGGCGCGGGAGGCGCGGGAGCGAGCGGAGCAGCUCCGCACGCAGCUGGCUCAGGCCGAGUCCCGCUCGGGGCCGUUCCCGGUGCCACCGGGGAGCGGCUCCAAGGGGGAGGCUCCGGACGGGUCUCUGCUCCACGAGCGGCUCCUGCAGCUCCAGAACGCGCUGGCCGCCGGCGAGACGGACCGGAGGCUGCUCCAGGAAGGGCUGGAGGAGGCGCGGCGGGCGCUGGCGGAGGCGCGGCGGGAGAAGGGAAUGCUGCGGGAGCAGCUGCGGGAGCAGCGGGAACUGGGAAUGCUGCGGGAGCCGGGAAUGUUCCGGGAGCCGGGAAUGCCGCGGGAGCCGGGAAUGCCACCGGAGUCCUCCCAGGACCGGCAGCAGGAGGAGCGGGACCCCCCCGGCCGGGCUGGAUCCGCGCGGCUCCCGGCAGGGCCGGAUCCCCCCGCGGGCUCGGCCGAGCGGGAGCUGGAGGAGGCUCGGAAACGCAUCCAGGUGCUGCGGGCGCAGGUGUCGGCGCUGGAGCUCCGGGCCCGGCCGCUCCCCGAGGCGCCCGCGGAGCUGCAGCGGGAGCUGGAGCGGCUCCGGCUCGGCCGCGGCGGCCUGGAGGAGCAGAUCGCGCUGCUCAAGGAGCAGGAGCUGCAGCGACAUCCCAGCGGAACGUAGGGAAUUCCGGGAAUUCCGGGACAUCCGCAGGGACCGGCACAGCUCCUCGAUGGGGGGAUCCAUCCCCAUCCCCGAUCCCAGAAUCCACAGCAGCUCCGCUCAGGGGUGAGCGGGAUCCAUCCCCAUCCCUGUGCUCCAAACCCACAGCGAUUUUUGUCUCCUCGUUCCCUUUUCUCCAGGAAAAAGCUGCACUUUUCCCACCAGCCGACAAAAUUUGUCUAUUUUUGAUACAAUCUGGAAUCUCAUGGACGGUUUACCCAUUUUCCUGUUGCAGUUUUUAACGGAAAAAUGGGAAAUAUUCCCCUUUUUUGGCCCCUGAAGACCCAGCUGAUUUAUUCCCCUCCAGCCUUCCAAGCCCUGCCCUCACCCCAUCCUAAUUUUCCCCCUUUUUCUAACAAAAAUAACUCCUUGGAUUUGUGUUUUUGAAGGAUUUUUUAAGGAACUAGCACGAUUUUUAUAUGGAAUUUUUGGGAAUGGGGGUUUUUACUGGUGCUCUGGGGCAGCCUGAGGUUGGGAAAGCCAUGGGAAGGGAAGUGGUGGCUCUGACCCCGCCCCAGUCCUGGCUGGAAUAAA